AUGGAAGUGAAGAGAAACCUUACAAAUGACAUCAGUACUUUCAUUAUUUUAGGAUUUCCCAGUUCCCGUCCUGUCCAGAUGCUAUUUUUCUUCAUAUUUCUUUUCAUGUAUAUGUUGACCAUUGUAGAAAACCUCUUUAUCAUCAUAUUAAUCUGGUACAGCCAGAAAUUACAUAAGCCAAUGUACUUCUUUCUAGGGAAUCUGUCCUUUCUUGAGACAUGGUAUGUGACAGUCACUGUCCCAAAAUUACUGUCCAUAUUUUUGAAUGGAAAUAAUAAGAUUUCAUUUGUUGGUUGCAUGUCCCAGCUUUUUUUCUUCCUUUAUCUGGGCUGCACAGAGUGUGUUUUACUAACUGUUAUGGCAUUUGACCGAUAUGUGGCUAUCUGCAAUCCUUUACAUUACAUCACUAUAAUGAACUGGGGCUUCUGCUUUAUUCUAGCUCUUUCUACUUGGAUCAUUGGCUUGGCUAUUUCUCUUCUAAAGAUCUACUACAUUUCUCAGCUAACAUUUUGCCAUUCAGUAAUCAUCAACCAUUUUUAUUGUGAUGUAUCACCUAUACUUAAUCUUGCAUGCACAGAUAUGAAAUUAACUGAACUUGUAGACUUUAUUCUUGCUCUAGUUAUACUUUUGGUGCCACUUUUUCUCACUUGCUUCUCUUAUUUGUGUAUAUUGUCUACCAUCCUUCGAAUCCCAAAUUCAAAUGGGCGUAAAAAAGCAUUUUCCACUUGUGGGUCUCAUCUGGUUAUUGUCAUCAUACUUUAUUCAACCACUCUUUUUAUGUAUGCAAGGCCGAGUAAGGCUCAAUCUGUCAAUUCUAACAAAAUGGUCUCUGUUGUCUACACAGUUGUCACACCCUUUCUCAAUCCAAUCAUCUAUUGCUUAAGGAACAGGGAGGUAAAACAAGCCAUCCAGAAACUUGCCUGCAGGAACUAA